AUGGUAUACUUCUCACACAAACGAGUCUCACUUCCUCCUGCUGGAUGGAUUCGUGCGGCUCGAUUCCAUGGUACGAAAGUUUUAGGCACAUUAAUCUUCGAGUGGGACCAGUCGAAGUCAGAUCUGAAGCUCUUACUUGAUGGACCCCAUCCAAAAUGGCGCACUCCGGUGCGUGUCGAACUUUCGGAGCACUUUGCAGAUCAACUUGUGCUUUUGGCCGCUGCAUAUGAUAUUGAUGGUUUUCUUGUCAAUGUUGAAACCUCUUUGCAACUGAAUCCAUUUCAAAACCCAAUCUUGCAGAGAUUGGAUCGGUUACACAAUGCUGUACGACUCAGGCGUUGGGUCCAAUAUUUCCGUGAAAAAGGUCAGCAAAGCAGACCAGUCUGGCAUGUCGUUUGGUACGACUCUGUGACAUACCCCGAAGGUCAGCUUGCGUGGCAAGAUGCCAUGACUAUCGCCAAUGCACCGUACAUUCAAGCUGCUUCUUCUGCCUUUAUCAACUACACUUGGUCGCAUCCAGAGCGAUGCAAGCACGGAUUUCUGAACCCUUGUCUUGAGCAUACUGUUUCGAUGGCUGAUCAUUGUCUGUUUCCUCGCUAUAAUGUGUUUAUGGGUGUGGACGUGUUCGGACGUAAUUGCCUUGGGGGUCACGACGCAACGAAAGCUAUCGACCUUCUUGGUCUGCAUUUGGGGAACGAAGGAUUCGCUAGCGGUAAACGAUACAAUCUGAGUGUAGCCUUAUUUGCUCCCGGCUGGACUUGGGAACAUGAUUCGCCCCCUGCUCGUUCGUGGGAUGCGUGGUGGAAAGAGGACUGUGAGUUCUGGGAAGACGGGCUGCAUUGCAUCACCAAGUAUUUCCCUAAUCGAGCGUAUUUAUGGCACGGUGAUUCAACACAUGGUUAUGGAUUCCGCACAAAUUUCUGCUUGGGAUCCGGGACACACUGGUUCGUGCAAGGCCGAAAUGUGUACCACGACAAGGAGCAUGGCUGGUCGGAUCAAGGCGUCAGUGCACCUAAACCGACUUUAGCAUGGCCCAAUGUCAAAUAUGUUCUUAAUGAAAGUGGCACGUAUGUAAAAGCCGCUGUUCAUACACAUUUGUCUUGCGAAGAUGCAUGGAGCGGAUCACAAUCACUUUGUGUAGAAGUGUCUUCUGAAUCGUACAUUCCGAUUCUAGCUUUAGCGCCGAUGCCUCGAGAAGCAUCCUCUCGCAGCGCUACACUUCGAGUCUGCGCCAAAGGUGCAAAAAUUGUGCCCUGCAUUCAUGUCGGUUCACGGUUGCUCAGAGGAUGUGAAAGUAUUCAAAGAGUUAAUGGAUGGCAACUUUAUAAAGUUGAAUUGACUCUGCCAGAAGAUAUUUAUGAGAACGAAGUGCAUGUCAUACUGGGUGUAUCAGGCUCUGUGCUCAUUGGACAGAUUGAGAUAAGUUCAUCCCAGUACCUAGAGGCUGAUGCUACAUGGCAUAAUGGUGUACUGUCAUGGUCAGAUGUCGUGCCAUGGGCUACAUGCUAUGAGGUAUAUACAGUGAGAGAAGACCCCGUGUGGAUUGGCACAGUGUCGCAUACACUCUCGCGAAACCAGACAAUUAUGUAUGGCGACGAGGAAACGAUUGCACAGAUUCAAUCAGUGGGCGCAUGGCCGGAUGAGGCACCGAUUCUAGCAAUGCCGUCCUAA